AUGACGAUAGAUCUAAGAUAUAUUGAGAACUUUUUAUGCGACUUGGCUCUGAAAAAGAUCGGUCCAAUUAUCAAGACCAAAUCUGGUACUCAAAGCGAAUAUGAUUUGAAGACAGGUUCUAGACAAGUUGACAUCGUCACUGCAAUUGAUAAACAAGUGGAAAAAUUGAUAUGGGACUCUUUAAAGGAUGAGUUCCCAAAUUUUAAAUUUGUUGGUGAAGAAAGUUAUGUCAAAGGUGUAACGAAGAUAACUGAUGAACCAACUUUCAUAGUGGACCCAAUCGAUGGUACAACGAAUUUUGUUCAUGAUUUUCCCUUUAGUUGUACUUCUAUGGGAUUAACAAUUAAUAAAAUUCCUGUGGUUGGUGUAAUCUUUAACCCCCAUUUGAAUUUGUUGAUAUCUGCAUCGAAAGAUAAUGGUGUACGACUCAACGGAGAAGAUUAUGAUUAUGAAACCAAAAUUAAAUCAAUGGGUCCAUUAAUAAUCAAUAAAUCUAUUGUAGCAUUACAACCGGGAUCCGCAAGAGAAGGUACCAAUUUUAAAACCAAGAUGAAGACAUAUGAAAAUUUAUUAUCUGCAGAUGGUGGGUUUGUUCAUGGUUUCAGAAAUCUUGGCUCCUCUGCAAUGUCUCUUGCAUAUAUUGCUUUAGGUUAUUUGGAUAGUUAUUGGGAUGGUGGUUGUUACUCCUGGGACGUAUGUGCUGGUUGGUGCAUUUUGAAUGAAACUGGAGGUAAAAUUGUUGGUGCCAAUAAUAAUGAAUGGGAUAUUCCUGUUGAUAAUAGAACUUAUUUCGCAGUUAGAGGUACUUGUGAUUCAACAAACAAAGACCAACAGAAAUAUAUUACUGAUUUUUGGAGUAAUGUCGGUGGUAUUUUGAAAUAUGAUUAG